AUGACCAAUCGAAAAGAGUCAACUGCUUUGGUCUUAGUGAGAAAAAUAGGAAACGGCACCGGACGCUUCUCCAACGCCACGCUGGUCCGCCUCUCUGAGUAUCUCAGCGCCGGCUAUAAGAAAGGCGUGCGACCCGUGAGAGACUGGCGUCAGACAACCAUGGUGGCCAUCGACCUCAUGGUCUACUCUAUCUUAAGCGUGGAUGAAAAGAAUCAGGUUUUAACAACAUAUGUAUGGUACAGACAGCAAUGGGUGGAUGAAUUCCUUGUGUGGAACCCUGAAGACUUUGACGACGUGAAGCAAGUGUCCAUUCCUACCACCAACAUCUGGGUUCCAGACAUUCUCAUCAAUGAGUUCGUUGACGUGGGGAAGUCUCCGGAUAUCCCAUACGUGUACGUGGGGCAUACCGGAUUGGUGCGCAACUACAAACCCAUCCAGGUGGUGACGGCUUGCAGCCUGAACAUCUACAACUUCCCGUUUGAUGUGCAGAACUGCAGCCUCACCUUCCAGAGCUGGCUGCACAUCAUCAAUGAUAUUAACAUCACCCUAAUGAGGACCCCCGAAGAAGUCAAAGUGGACAAGAGGGUGUUCAUGAACCAAGGAGAGUGGGAGCUGCUACACAUCCUGUCCAAGUACAAGUCCUUCAGCAUCGACGAGAAUGACCAUUAUGCGGAAAUGAAGUUUCACGUCGUGAUCCGACGGAGGCCCUUGUUCUACACCGUCAAUCUGCUGCUACCCAGCAUCUUUCUCAUGCUCAUGGACAUCGUGGGAUUUUACCUGCCUCCCGACAGUGGAGAACGGGUCUCCUUUAAGAUCACCCUGCUGCUGGGCUACUCCGUGUUCCUCAUCAUCGUGUCUGACACGCUGCCUGCCACGGCCAUCGGGACGCCGCUCAUAGGUGUCUACUUCGUGGUCUGCAUGGCCCUGCUGGUGAUCAGCUUGACGGAGACGGUGCUAAUUGUCCGCCUGGUGCACAAGCAAGACCUCCAGCCUCCGGUCCCUGACUGGGUGAAGCGCCUGGUCUUGGAGAAGGCUCCGCUGCUCCUCUGCAUCCGGGACAAGCAGAAGUUCUGCCCUGCAUUGUCUCGGGGGUCUGACCUGUCCCACUGCACAGAUCACCACCUGAACACCAGCAGGUGCAGCCACCGUAACUGUGACGGCGGGAAGGACUCGGAGCGCGGACUGGGGCUGGUCCUGCCGGCGAGGGACAGCACCCCCGUCAUGGACAGCAUCCUGCUGGAGGUCUGCUCCAUCCGCCGUUUCCUGGACAGACGGGACGAGUGCCGCGAUAUCGCCAAGGAGUGGCUGCAGGUGGGCUAUGUGCUGGACGUUCUCCUCUUCCGUGUUUACCUGGUGGCCGUGCUGGCCUACAGCAUCACCCUGGGGACGCUGUGGUCAGUCUGGCAGUACGCCUGAGCCGGCCGGCCGGGUGCGAGCGUGGAAAGGCGGCCAGCCCCAAAGCUCCCCGGAUCUGCGCUGGCUCAAACGCUUCCGUAGAGUCGGCUUUGCCCCGAAACCCAAAUUUCACAGCAGAGUGGCAUCGCUGGAGAAGUGGAAGGAAACUGUGGCUCUGUGAUGCAGAUUGAUGCAGACACGUGCGCAUUUAUGGAGGAUUUACGCAACAGCAGAAAUUCUACAUCUGUAGAUCCAGGCGUGCGGAAAGAAGCAUUGGUGGAGCGAUCGAGCUUGACAGGAAGUAUAAAUGUACCUUUAAAAAGACGCCACCGAAAAG